AGUUUACUGCAGAAUAUAACAAAGAUUGCGUCAGUGUUUUGUUCAGUUUGUAAUGAAAGAAUGUGUGAAAGUUGCAAAAAGGUCCAUGAUAGUUUGCAAUUGACGAAAAGUCAUGAAUCCGUUGACAUAGAUAGUAAAAAAAAAUGUUGAAUUAUUAACAACACUAAGGACAUAUGAGAAAUGUGAUAAUCAUGGUAAGAAAAUAAAGUUUUAUUGUAAAGAUGAUGAUAAACUUUGUUGUAGCACUUGUGCUAUUGUUACCCAUAGAGCAUGUCAAGGUCUGGCUGAAAUAAGCGAAAUGGCAAUGAAUAGACAGGUCAAGCUGCAAGGGUCUUUAUUAAGAAAACAAAUCGCCGAAAUGGAAAAUACCAUGAAAUUGUCUUCAACUCAUUUCGUCAACGAAAAUAAGCAUUUAGCUACCGAAGCUGAAGAAUUAUUGACUGAGUGGAAUCAGGUUAGAGAAAAGGUAAACAAACGUUUAGACGAAUUUGAGGAUGGGCUAAAAGAAGAAUUAAAAGAUAUUCAGUCCACAGAAUCAUCUGACAUCAUUGCAAAUGCUGUCAAAUACAAUGAGAUGGCAGAGGAAAUGCGUCGUUUACUGCAUGUUCUCGAGUCUAUUGAGGAAACUGGUACUGAAGAACAACAAUAUGUUGUAAUGAAAAAGAUAUAUGAUGAAUUCAUGGUUCGACAAUCCGAAACAGAACAAAAGUUUGGUGAAAUGAAAUCACUGAAAUUAUCAUUAGAGCUUCCCAAAUCAAUUAGUGAUUUGUUGAGCUUACCUUCAAAAAGUGUUUCGGUGACAACGGAAACAAGUGUAAAAUGCAUACCAAAAUGUUCUGCAAAAACACUGUCUGUUUUAGCUGAAACUGAUAUAGAAAAAGAUAAUGAUGAUGACUCUGAGCCAUUUUAUCGAGGACUAGGUUUUCUGAAUGAUGACAGAAUAGUUGCUGUUGAUCAUAAUAAUAACAAGUGUAUUCUUAUGGACAACAAAUUGAAUAAACUAGCAGAAAAACUUUUGCCAGUUAAACCACUGAACCUUGCUGUGACCGAUGAUGAUUGUGUAAUAAUAACAACUGGUGCAGCAAAGAAACUUUGUAUUUGUCAAGUGAAUGCAGACAAUACUAUCAAUGAGAAAGAAAUAAUCUCUGUAAAGUACAGCUGCGAUUCUAUUUCUAUUACAAGUGACAACAAAUGUGUCGUUGGCACUUACGGUAUUGAUGUUGGAUUAGCUCAUUUGCUGACCUUAAAUGGAGAAUUUGAAGAACUGCCCUAUAAUUUUGAAGGCAAAUUCUUUGAAGGUAGUAGACAGUUUAGGAGUGUAUACAAUGAAAGAGACAGACAAUUGCUUAUAACAGAGUAUGAACAAAGUACAAUUCAUGUAUAUAAUCUUCAAAAAACUUGUAAAGUGGAAGACAGUAAUAUUGUAAAUCCUGUAGGAAUUGCACACUAUUUAAAUGACUUUUGACUGUCGAUAUACUAGAUGACAUGAAUUGUCCUCGAUCAAUAUGUAUUUCGCCAAAUAAAGAUAAAAUGGUAGUUUCCAACAACAAAUCAGGAGAGAAGAAACUUCUUCUUUUAAAAAUUCGCCUGUUAGUAAAGAAGCAAAAAGCGGUAUGAAUUCUUCGAGUUACUAGUAGUAAUCCUUAUAAUUAUUUAAUCAAUUUACUGAAAAAAAAACAUGAUGCCUUCCUUUCAUUUUAUUUCAAAGAACAUACUUUGGUCUAUAUGAUAAAUGAAAGUUGUUGAACAUUUCAUUAUAACCAUUUUACAUAACUAAAUAUUAUAAAGAUUUUUGACAGGUUAAAUGGCUGUUUAUAAACGGUUAUUAAAUUACUUUUGAAAUUUGCCCGGACUACUCCACUUAUACUACUAUACAAUAUUAAUGAACCUUUACAAGAUUGAUUGGUCGCUCAAGUACUUGCGCAUAUUUCACGAGUUUUCCGGUUGAAUGAUUUGGGGUUGAAUGAUUUUUGACUGAGUAAUUACCCGUGAACGAAAAAACGCGUUUUGCCCUGUUAAUGUUUUUGUGUAUGUCUCCUGCUGCACAGUAGCUGCAACAUGAAAUUGGCUAUGUGGGGCGAAACAUGUAAUCGCUCUUGUUGAGUAAUGCAUAUAUUCAGGACCUGUAUUAUUCUAAUUAUAAGAUAAGUGGAUACAAUGGGAAUUUCACCGCAACAAAUUUGUUAUGUCAAUGUUUGUUGUUUAAUAAUCUGUUAUUGAAAUAAAAGCUCAUGGUAAGUAUCUAUCAAAUAUAUAUGCAUAAGAAAAUAUCUUUUUAAUUUUAUUGCUCUUCUUUGAAACCCAUAAACAAUAUUUCAUUCUUAACUCCUUUUAGAAGGGGAAACAAAAGAAGUUUAAAAUUAGUUCACUCCUUAAAAUUGUUUUGAUAUGGGAACAACAUU